AGACAUUGAGGAUAUUUUUUAUGUAUUUAUUUUACAUUUUGUAAGACACAGUUUCACUAUAAGAUCGGGCCAUUCAUCUGGAACAUUGCACUGAUAUUUGCAGAUGAAAAUGGCUUCUUUCUUUUUCCCCCCAUCAGCAUCACUUGAGAAAUGGUCCCUCCUUUGGCAGCUUGUACCAUGGGAAAUUAAUACAGUAGCACUUUUGGGCAGCCUUUUUCAUCUUUAUCAGGGAACCGCAGUUGAUUUGGCAGCCAGAGCAGUGGCAUUUAACUGUGACUGAUUCUACUGAGAUGGAAGGGGAUUCUGUACAUGUAUUAUUUUAAAAGUGGACCUCUAUUUGCCUAAUUUCAGUUUUAAUGGCCAAUUUUUUUUACACAGAGCCACUUGAUUUUGGCAGAAUUUUUUUCCGAUGGGCAGCAGAGCUCGACCCGCUUCACAUAAAACCAAACACUGAAAGCAGUGACAGGUUUUUUUUUCUUCUCUACACAAGUUCAUCCUCAUCACCCUGUGCUCUCACUAUACCUCCACACGGGCUGAGGUCUAAAACCGUUUCCAAUUUAUAGAGCUUGUGACGUUCUCGACAGCUUCUACAGGUACAUCAGCACAGAUGGAGAGAUGUGACUGAAGGUGGAGCCUUUAAUAGCAGGUGAUGCUGGUGUGACAGCUAACUGCAUCAGUGAAAGUACAUCAUUCAUGCAUAAAGAUUAGAAUUAUAAGUAAACAUGCCUUAGGCAGAUCAGAACAGAUGACUUGAUAUCAUUUCAGAACAAAUCUCAGAAAACUCGCUCCUUGUCGAUAAACUCCGCUGUGAUUCAUGGGAUAAAUCCACACACUGUGUGAGUAACGCCUAUCAUGUCUUUUCUUUCAGUGCCCUCUCCAGCUUGGGUUUCAUCACAGGCUUACAUUUAAACUCUCCUUUAAAAGGUCACAGCUUCUGCCAAACCCCGGCCAGCACCUUGCAAACUCAGUAGUUUGAGUUCAAAUGCAGCUGGCUGCAUGGGUGUGGCAGAAAGAAACAGACUCCUGAGUGCAGGAAGAAAAACAAGCAGCAGAGGAAGCACCCCCUAAUUUUUAUUUAUUUAUUUUUUUUUGCUCCUGAGCCUUUUAUCCUCCUUUGCUCUCUUCUGAGAAAAUCUAAAGGAACCUCUGGGAGAACAGAGGAAGCGUGGGUGAGAGCGCACGGCUGGUACAGCAGCCGCUACCGUGUUGCGGUUGUAUGGACCCCAAGUUGUAAAGCAUGCAGAUGAAGCAGCAAAUGCCUAUCAAAUAUUUAUCAGAGCAGGGGAGCCAGUGCAGCUUGUAAGAGAAGAUGAAAUAGUGGGGGCAGGAGCAGUCACUCUGCACGGUCUCUUUCGCUCAGAUGCUCUCUCUCUCUGUGUCUCUCGACUUCCCCGUUCAUUCGCCAUGCCUGCCACAAACACACCUUUUCUUUUUGAUUUACACGCACUCUCUUGUGAGCAUCACCGGUUCUACGUCUGCCCGUGAACGUCUGUUUUUCAUGUUUUCAUCUGGCUGAUUGGCUGAGCGGUGAGGUGGUGAGUUUGUACAGUAGUUGUAGCUGUAAAUUGUGUAAAACCAGACAGGCCGCAGUCCACAUCGCUCGCUGCAGCGGACAGCAUGGGGGAGAUCUCUGCCUCGUCACCUUCCACUGCCAUGGUAACGGCCUGCGAGUCACCCCGGGCGAGGUGCACUCUGCGCCACCCAUUUACAGUCCGGGGAUGACUCCCGAUCAGCCCCAUGGACACGUGCGCACGCACUCGUGAACAUAAACGAGUCCCCAGAUGGACUCAUAAAGUGUCUAAACACAGGAAAGCAGCACAAAGAGGAAUGCCCACUCUCUUAUUUACUCACUGCUGUGUGGGACAAAAUAUGAUGCAGCGAUGUAUCACACCGGCUUCCUCUUGCAAUAUGUUAUCAGCACUGGUUCCAAAUAUAAACCCUUGAAUUAAAACGUGCGGAAGUUAAAUAAGUUGAUGAAGGAGAACUCGUAAGGGAGGGACCAAACCAUAGGGGUAAAUGAUUCCACUGUUACAUUAUUUAUCCGUAAUAACAAAAACAGUAACACAAAAACCGACACAACAAUCCAGGGGAUAAGCAGAUCAUCCCAGACUUUCCCCUCUGUUUUAACGGGUAGCCAUGCUAAAGUCUCCUUCAGUUACAAAUUGUCUUGCAAUGUAUCACAUGGCAGAAUCACUGUGUGGUGGUACCACUGUCAUUGUGGGUAAUGUACCGUGACAGAAUCGUGAGUGAGGCCCGGUUUAUGUGCGCUUGGACGCGCACAGAUGCGCACUCGGUCCUAUUAUAGUUCUUUCAAGUCCCCCUGAAGGAUUUGAAAUUAGUGCAUUAGGCUAUACUGUAAUGUCUCAGUGCCUCUAAGGCUCGAAAGGCAUCUGGACAUCUGCAGACACACCGUCUCGUUUGCCCUCUCUUGACGAAAUUUACGUCACUCGGACCCACGAAAGCGUGGAUCUGCGAUUCCCAGCCGCACAUAUAGUAUAUUAGAACACACCUGGCUAAUAUACAUGGUGCUGGGUUGAUGAUCAGAAAUGUAACCCUUGAGAAAAAAGUGUGGCUGUAUUGUGUGUAAUGUUCUACUUUAUACACAGUUUUGGACAUUUUGUCGUAUAUAUAAAUAAUCACAGUUUAAAUUAUAUGUGAGCUUCCCCCCCUCUCUCACUCACACAGUCGUUUUUCUUUUCUUUUCUUUUCAUUUACAAAGUAAAUCUAGUUGCCAGGUUGCUCCUCCGUCUUCAUUACUCAGGGCUCCUCUUCAUCACCACAGCCUCCCUCGCUUUUCUUCCUACGGGCGCUACUUUCAGCACCGGACAGCUCUCGUCGUUCCCACGCUCCGCCCACCUCAGACAGACCGGCAAUGAGAAACCAGCACACACGCCGGUGGGCGACUCUCGAGGUGGCCUAUUAGGGUUUUAUUGGGAGGGACGGAACUUCGAGUACAAUUUGCUCUCUCCCUUGUCAUUCUUCUCCUCUCACAUGGAUUUCUCCGAGCGGGAGUAAAAACAGAAGGAGAACCCGAGCACUCCCCUGGAUUGCGGGCUGGUGAGGAGUCCGUGUGGUUUUCUCAUGAGUUAGGAGGCUGGGUUCGCGUUUGUGCAGCUGUUUAGAUCACACUGCGUGUUUUUUAACAGAAGAGAGGAAAAGUGUGCUCUCAAAGAUGCAAAGAUGACAAGAGGAAAUCGUUUGCCGUUUUAUGCUUGGUCGUAGGUAUGAAAUCCAGGACAUUCUCGGGCGUGUGUUUGAAAGUGUUUCUGAUCUCCUGAAGCGGCAGAAGAUAUAGAGUGGCUUUGGUGAUGCUCGCCACUCUUUGCCAAGUCCACGCGGUGUCUGCUCUGUGCCUGUGACAACGAACCAUGGCUCUCCUAGUCGUCCCGCUGCUCCUGCAAACAGGGCUCGUUUGGGGUUUAAACUACGGUUAUGUGGAGUGGUCUGACAAUGACCGCGACGAUAAGAGCCCACCAGUCUUCAGCACCCAAAACAUCAACAGGGAGCCACCCCACCAUCCGACCUAUUACCCAGUACCAGCCACCGAGCGCACGGUGGUGGCGCACAAAAUCGAGGAGGACCUGCCCAGGGUGGUGACCGCUUUCUUGCACACCGGGGACUCAUCGGCGCUUAGACAGGUCAACUGUUCGCGGAGGUACGAGCUGAGCAGCCUGCGAGGCGGCCUCCACGUCGCCUCCCACUAUUCCCUCCACAGCAUUCUGGACACUGUAGCGCACGCCACAAACUUCCUGAAUAUGAUCCUGCAAGCCAACAGGUCCCGGGAGCAAACCCUGCGGAGGGACAUCCACUGGUACCACGCGCUGGUUCAAAGCAUCCUCGAAGGGGAUCCUAAAAUCCACAGGGCAGUGGUGACCUUGCACACGGAUGCGCUGACGCCAGGGCCCCACGUUUUCCUCCAGGCGACGAGAACCGAGAAUGAAGUGGUACUACAGGACCUGUCCGGCUCUGCGCACCGUCACCUCAAGGGCAGGAGUCCGGAGACUGACUGGUUUAAUGAGUUCAGGGACGGCAGGAGACCACACAUGCACAGAAGAAUCACGGAGGCAUCGGGCUCCAAGAGUGGCACUUAUCUCCUGGACAAAAACCAAAUUAAGUGGUCUGCGCCAUACCUGGAGUGUGAACACGGAACGUUUGUGCCCUAUUGGCUGCUCACCCUGUCUGCAGGCUUCUAUGGACUCAAGAGCAACUCAGCGCCAGAGUUCAGGGGUGUUGUCCGUGUGGACGUGAACCUGCAGGAUGUGGACAUUGACCAGUGCUCCAACAGUGGCUGGUUCGGCGGGACCCACCGCUGUAAUCUCACCAGCAUGGAGUGCACUCCCAUUGUUGGCCAUGGAUUUGUGUUGGACAAGUACAAGUGCCAGUGCAGGAGAGGAUUUUACCAUCCGAGCCGAGUGGCGCUCAAUGGCUUUAAAAGUAAGGAGCAGGGCUCUCACAGAGACGAGUCCUCCGACGUGUCCAGCAAGUGCCUGCCGUGCCGCGAGGGCUGUCCCUACUGCCGGGAUGACACGCCCUGCCUGGUGCAGGAGGACGGUGCUCUGAGGCUCUCUGUGGCCUCCUUCCAGGGUCUCUGCAUGAUGCUGGACUUGGCCAGUAUGGUGGUGGUCUACCACUUCAGGAGAAACAAGAGCAUUCGUACAUCUGGUCUCAUUCUGCUGGAAGCCAUCUUGUUUGGUGCGCUACUUCUCUACUUCCCAGUGAUGAUCCUGUACUUCAAUCCCAGUGUGUUUCGAUGUAUCCUCCUGAGGUGGGUUCGCCUGCUGGGCUUUGCCAUCAUGUACGGGACCAUCAUCCUGAAGCUUUACAGGGUGUUAAAGGUGUUCCUGUCCCGCACGGCCCAGAGGACACCUUACAUGACCAGCUGGCGGGUCCUACGGCUGCUGCUAGUAAUUCUGCUGGUGGUGCUGUGGUUCCUGGUGGCCUGGACGUCCUCUGUAUGCCAGAAUCCGGAGCUGAGUCAGGCUCUCAUUGCUGCGGGUCUCACUCCCGAGGGGCUGCAGUUCAGCAUGUGUCUGCUGGACCGAUGGGACUACAUGAUGGCAGUCGCUGAGUUCCUGUUCCUGCUGUGGGGCGUGUACCUGUGCUACGCUGUCCGCACCGUACCCUCGGCUUUUCACGAGCCACGUUACAUGGCUGUAGCCAUCUACAAUGAGCUCCUCAUAUCGGCCAUCUUCCACAUUAUCAGGUUCUCUCUGGUGCCGGGACUACACCCAGACUGGAUGCUCAUGUUGUUCUUUGCUCACACUCACCUGACUGUGUCUGUGACUCUGGCCCUGCUGCUGAUACCUAAGUUCCUGUACAAAGGGACGCAGGCGAGAGACGAUAUAGCCACCGAAGCUUACGAGGAGGAGCUAGACAUAGGAAGAUCUGGCUCCUACCUCAACAACAGCAUCACCUCGGCCUGGAGCGAGCACAGUUUGGACCCAGAGGAUAUACGGGACGAGUUGAAGAAGCUGUACGCCCAGCUGGAAGUCUACAAAUGUAAGAAGAUGCUUGCCAACAACCCUCACCUUCAAAAGAAGCGCAACUCCAAGAAGGGUCUGGGUCGUUCGCUGAUGAAACGGAUAACAGAGAUCCCAGAGACUAUGCACCUACACCGGCAGUGCAGUCGUGAUGAUGGCAGCGAACAUGGCAGCAACCGCAGCACCUUGAGGAGAAAUCCAUUUGAGCCGAGCCACCACGGAAAACCUCGAGACGACUCCCUGAAGAACAAAGUCAUGGGCUUGAAAAAGUCACUCAGCUAUGACCAUGUCUGCGACCAGGAUGAAGAAGGCGGAAGCCAGAGCGGCUCAGCUGCGGGAGACAAAACGACUCCUGUUGGGACUGUCGGGGAAGGAUCUCUUCUGGGCUCUCUCAUUGGCCGUAAACAUGCCAAGAAGCAGCUGGAACCAGCUUCGACUCCACCGAGACUGGAACCAGCCGUGUCCACCGAAUCCGUGCCGCUCUUCUGGAAAUCAGCCAGCGCUCACAACCUGACACACGAGAAGAAGCCUGUGCACCUGCGCACUUCCAUUAUGCAGAAAUCCCUGAGCGUGAUUGCGAGUGCCAAGGAGAAGGUGCCGGGGCUCACAAACAAGACUCAGAGCAUCGAGGAUGCCAGUAAGAAGUGCGUGAAGGGACAGGAAGGGAGGACGCUGUCAGAGGUGGACGAGACACCUGAGCAUUACCCCAAGAUGCCAGUCAGCCAAUCGGUGGAGUACUCCAAGACACCUUUGAAGAUGGGCAUAAUGAAGCAACAGGUGAGCGGGAGCCAGCCAUCAAUUUGCUCUGAGACGGGGAGGAACCUUUACGAUGUGUCCGAGGUUUGUUCCUGGGAACUGGAAGAACCACAGACUCCCUCAGAAGCAAAAACCCAGAAGCACGUUUCCAUCGCUCCUGGAGAAACCACCUCGGGCCGGAGAGGCAGCAGCAGCAGCUCUGGAGUCACCAAAGGUGGUCGGUCCCAGCAGAGGCAGAAGACGGGCCAGUCUCCUUCCAACAGACACCGCGCCAAAGAUAAAGGAGGAGAAAAGGAGGAAGGAAGGGAAACACGGAAAUCUCGGGCACCCAGGUCACCUCUUCCUCUCAAGCCGGAUGUGUGUCCCUGGGAAUUCGAUGAGCAACCCAUGCUGAAAGGAGAUUCGGAUUCCAUUUCUCCAGACAGAAUCAGGCGUAAGAAGAGUGUCACGCCUACUGAUGGGAAACCCAAAGGGCUUCACUCAGACCACUCCAAGUCCACAGGCAGCCUUUUACAGCCCCCGUCUCUGAUGGUCGAAAUCUGCCCAUGGGACUACACCGGCCCACCUUCACCUAAACAGGAGAAGACCUGCAACAGUCCCACUUCACACAAGAAGAAACGGAAAGGCUCCAGCUCAUCCAACCACAAAGCUGAGAAGGAGAAAGGGAGGGAGAAGAGUAGAGAAAGACGGAGCUCCUCCAGCAAGCCUCCGUCGGAGAGGAGAAGGGUCAGCCAGUCUUCGGAAUGCGGCGCGCCAGUUUCUGAGCGGCGGAGGAGCUCAACAAGAGACCCAGAGGUGAUGGAGGUCAGGAGGGCGGAGGUUUUCUCCCGGGAGACCGAGCUCAUGCACGGCAGCUUGGCUCAGACUAGAAAAUCACCAGAGAAGAAGAAAGACGGCUCUUUGAGCACUAGUUAUAAACCCGGGGCGAAAAUGGUUGACGUUUGCCCCUGGGACUUUCAGGACUCUGGGGAGAGGGCGUGAUGACUGCCGCGGGACGAAUGAACGUACUUUUUUCGUAUUCAGAUGACAGAUAUUGCAUUUCAUGAGAAGGGUUUCCUGUGGGUCACCUUAAUGAGAAGUAUGUUGUGAGGAAAGGAACAUCUACUCUGCUGCCUAUUGAUGCAAUCCAGACAUAAUUAAUUGCUACACAGCAACCAUCUUGUUCUUAUAUGCAGUAAUGCAACCUUAAAAACACUUUAAAGGAUUUUUUGGUUUGUUUUUUUACACUUUUGCUUGCACAUUUGUCAAAGUUACAUAUUCUAUAUGUUUUUUCACACUGAGCCCAUUUGGGAAAAAAAAGAAUUCCUGUAUUUAUGAACAGAGCAGACAAUCAUUCACCACAAAGCACCAUCAACUCUUAACCUGGGCUCACUGUCGGUCUCACGUGUUAUGCCGACGAUGUUCUACGUUACGCACCGAGCCAGUGGAGACUUACUUAUAUCAGAUCGGCAGCAGGGAGAAAAGACCUAAGGAAAAAAUAAACAGAAAAUGAGCUCUGAGAAGCAAGACCAAAGCCCCAGACACAGCUGCGAUGCCUUAUCUUUAGGCCAAAUGCAUAAUUCAUGGCACCAAGAUGAUCUGUUAGAUUAGAGAAACGUGGGAAUAACAGAGGAUUGUACCGCAGCCAAAUGAGACAAGCUGUGUGUUUUAGUAAAAGCUUUCUAUAUACAGUAUAUGUUUUUUUCUAAAAAAGCCGUCGCAUGUGACAUACUGUCGAGCAUCCAGUAGCUAAAUGUUUAUGGGUCAGCGUGUUCUCAAAUAAGACAGUGGAACCUUCGAUGUCGUGCCUAUGGUAUUCGUCUCCUUACAUGAUGCUUUCAAAGUGACGUGCACUGUGUUUCAAAUGGUCGCAGUUACAGCUGAGGAGUACUAAAAUAUCAAUCAGGCUCUCCUGUCUGCUGAUAUUUGUUUACUGUUGUAUUCUUGCCCUGGAUGCCCCUCCUCCUUUUUUUAAACCAAUAAAAAAAAGACUCUUGGAUCACAGGUUGUAGUAUCUACACAUCCACUGAAACUGUGACGAGAUCCUUCAAGAACCAGGACCAAGACUAGAGUGGAUGAUGUGAAUAAUGCAUUCCCCUCACCACCCCAUCACUUAGUUGCCCAUUUACCAUCUGCUUGAAUGCACCUUCCGUUAAAUCUUUGCACAUUUUCUAUUUCUAAAGCUACAACGAUGCAUGACCAGAACUUUUUUUUUUCUUUGCCACUUUCUCACUGACAGAAUAUGAGUCAUUUACCAUCUCAGCAUCGUGUCCAGAAAUGACAAUAACAACAACAACAGCCAGCCUUUCUGUCCUGUAAUCAGCCACCCACCACUGGCACCUAGAAGCAGUACGGUCACACAAAAUAGUCAGUUCAGCUUCAUGAGGGUUGUGUGUGCAUGACAGUGAAAAUUUAGGGAACGUGAUGCACCAGAAUUCACCUUUGCAUUUCUUAUGAAAGCAUGUGGGAUGUGUUUCAAAUCUGUAUUUAUCUAGCAUCGUAGAGAAGAAUUCCCUGUGUGAGGUCUGGCUCUAUAAAAUAAAAAUAUUUUUAAAAAAAAGAAGCUUGAUGAACAAACAUGACCCACCACUCCGACUUUCACAUUUCUGUCAGAUGUUUUGAGGCAGCUUGAAAUGGAACGUUGCCUACGUGUAUUUUAUGCUCGUUAUACUGUCUAGUGUUGCUCCAAGAAGUUGCAAGCUGUCGUAGCAUCCACCUGGGAUUAUUUAUAUUGUACAUUCCAUAUUGUGUUGCAUGUACAUACAGUAAAUACUCUGUUAUCAACUCUGAAUUAAAUGUUUCUAUGAAAUC